ACAUGAUAGAGCAAUGCUCUCGCCCUGGUACCUGUAGUUGCCUCACUUCUUUGUAUUGGCACUAACAAACAGAAACAGAGGGAGACGGGUACUAAGAUGGGGUGCUGUGUCACGAAGCCCACUUCUGCUGCCAAAAAUGGCACAAAAGCGGCAGGCACAUCCGCGGUUGCUGAGGAUGCGAAAUUGGCUGAAGUCAGCGAAGACACCGCGCGCGCACCCGACGUCGACCGCAAGCGAGAGGAGGCCGAGGAGGUAAGAGCAAAACAGCGCGAAGAGAGCAGGUCGCCCAAGAAACCAGAGAAAGCUAAACAUGAUAGUCGAGGACACACAGGACACAAAGAGACGAGACAGGAACAACACCAGAAAGAGAAAGAGACGAAGAUAUUAGAGCAGCAGCAUGAAAGCACCGGGCACAAACACAAAGCUUCCUCGUCAUCGUCGUCACACGCGAAAGGUGGACGAGACGAGAGCGAGCUGGAGGACGAGGGCUACCCCUCGGAGCAUGAUGGCCACAAAAAAAAGGCGCGGAAAAAGCAAAAAGAUACAGCACGGCGAAAAGACGAAGAAGUGACCGAGACUACGAUAGAGGAGCCAACAUCUCUUCGCAACCCCAAAAUCGACGUCGCUGCUGCACCAGAUAAAAAAAGCUCGAGCGCAAGCAAAGGGAAGGAUCCAGAGCUUUCUUCUAGUGGUGCGAAUAAAGAAAGAGACGAUGAGGGAAUAUUCACGGGAGAGCAAGCGGCCGUAGUUGAGCCACAUCAACCAGGUGGUCGAGAGUCGAAGUCGUCCUACGAAGGAGAUUUGCACUACGAUCACGAAGAGUUGCUGCACGAGAGUGAACUGGACAAGAGUACCAAAAACAAUGCAGUUGUCCACGUUGAUGAGGUUGUGUUGGACCAUGUUGACUACGAAGAGCAUCCUGCUGCGCAACCCGACCACUACGACGAAGACCUCCAGCAUUCAUUUCUUGCGAAAGUGCAGGUUGCCGAGGACCCGCCGACUUCCGACGAGAACGACUUUCUGGCACUCCGCUACAUUCCGAAGAACAUCCUCCAGAUUUAUGACAAGGAGAUUUGUGGAAGCCUGCUGGAAAUGUUUCACGAGAUCGUGGCCUCAAACACGUCGGAUCAUCAUGAUGAAGGUGUCCAGCAUGCGGGUCGAAGCAAAACGUCGGUACCUUCGAAGAAGAUGAGCAUGUUUCUAGAAACACCCGCCAAGCUUUGUGACUUUCUGUCCGAGAUUGACUACGGCAUUUACCUGAACGAGGAGGGCGACGACGAGGAGAACAGCGGUCCUCAGCAGGAAGUGACAAUCACGGAAGGUCUCUGUGCAGAGUACAUGUCGGCCGACGUAGAUCACCCGUACGAUCAAGCGGUAGCGGCAUAUUCGCUUCCCCCAGAUGAACCAGAAGACGCGACAGUAGUGGGGACGAGGUCUUCUGAAGUAGAAACGGUGAACAAGAAAAAUCAGCAUGCGCCGGUGGUAGAAGUAGUCCCCAGCAUACUUCCCGAUGAUCUGGUGCCUGCCGUUCAUGUUCCCGUGCCAUUGCCAAAGCCGAAAUCUUCUGAAAGCUCGGCGACUUCGAGUCAAGAAGACGGCGCGGCUGCUAGUACUUCCCGGAAAAACAAGCCACAGAUUCCCGCCAUUUUCUACUCGGACGCAACAAAUACCGGAAGCGGAACCGUUUUGGGUAGAAGUAACAAGGUGAAGGCACAACAACAUCGCAGAAUACACUUUUUCGAGGCACUGUCGCUUGUGUGCAGAAUCCAAGAGCUGGGACGCUUCCCGGAACACGCACAAGAAGCGAAGGAGUUUUUGGUCAAUCCAAAAUACAUAGACGCCAUCACCAACGCGUCGGACGGAACGAUGCAGAAAAGUUUGCUCUUCAAGUCGAAAGCUUUCACCGCCGAGUUGCAAAAAGACGCGACUUUUUCAGAUCACACUGCGUUGCUUAUGGAACGACGCCGGGCAGAACGUGAGAACAAGCUGGGAGAGAAGCAAAAGAAGAAAAAGGUGAGCCUUUCCUCUGGACAUGCGAAGCACGGUGGAAAAAAGCGUCGAGCCGACGAGGUCCUUCAACUUUUUUUGAGGUGCCACAAUCGUAGCGUGCUAUUUGCUUACAAUGAACUGUAAAACAAGUGAAUUUCGUUGAUGCUUCCGUCGACGUCACAGUUUAAAUACUGUUUUUUUCAGGUGGACGGCGACGAGAACUCUGACGCCGAUCUACCCGUGCCUGGGCCGCAGGGAAAAUCGGCUUCGUCGAAUGAAGAAGAGGAACAAGUGUUGACGGGGUUUCGCCUGCAGUCUUCGAUUCCGCCACUUUUAGACGAGGAGGCCUUCAACUUGAGCGCGGCGGUUGCUUUCCCUGCCUUACCCGAUGGGCAGUCAGGAUACUUGAAAGAGCUUUCUUCAGGGGAAGAGAGCAGAUUUAGCAAGAAGGACGUCGAGGUGGAGAGAAAUAGACCGCCCACAGCGGGAGCAAAUAAAGAUAGUGUGGCUCCUUCUGUUCUUGCAGAGGCAAAAGAGGACGAUCAUGUCGGCAGCAAGCUACCGGUAGAAGAAGGCAUACCGGAGGACGAGUCAGGGACCACCAUGAAAGAGGACAACUACCCGGAGGACCUACCGCUGCAGAGCGGAAUGAACGUCGCGGAGGAGCUCGGGUUGUUCUCACCAAUCCAGGCCACGGAGGAGGACGUGGCGCUGGCACUUGCUGCGGAAAGCAAGAAGAGGACCGACGAGGAGAGCAGCAAGAAAAGUCGUCGGUCUUCGGGCGCUGUCAAGUUGCCCAGGCGCGCGAGUACUACUCCCUCAAGUUCCAGCAAAACGAGUUCGUCCGCCUCGAAGAAAAGUGCUAGCUCACCGGGCGGACAGAAAGAACGCGACAACAAACCUGUCGAGGAUGUUGCAGCUACGGCCGCGCACAAGGCACCGGCAAGGAUUGUGGAACAAGUCGAGGACGAGAGCGAUCAGGAUAGUCAACAAGGAACAAAUAUCUUGCUCGCGAAACUUACCGCCGCUGCCCGUAAGCAAGAAGUGCCGAUUGAGAGCGACCUGGAUACGUCAGAUGUAAACCUGCUGCCGAACUACUCAAUCGCAGAGGCGGUGGCAGACCAGCGGCAGGAGGCGUCUGAAGCAAUAGUGUCCGAGUUGCUUCGGGACCAAGCAGUGGCGUUUGGCGAUCGGAAGCAGCUGGAGCACGAGAAGACGGUGGUCGGGAAAAUGGAAACCAUUGCUCGUUUCCUCGUUGCGGCACAGAAAGAUCUGGCAGAUUGUGGAAAGGCGAUCCGGGCCAGUAGUACAAACAAGCACAGAAGUUCCAGUAGUCGCUCCAGGACGUGGUCUACAGCCGCAACGCUCGAAGUCUUGAACGAAAGCUGUGAGGCGGUGCAGGGGAAAAUGGACAGAUGGCGAUCGAGUAUGAAAAGCAAAGUAGAAGAACCACAUGAAAGUAGAGCCGGGAACGCAUAUUUUGAUGCGCAAUUGGUGCGUCUGGAGAAAAUCUUCGCUUCUUCGGAUAGCACAGAGCACCAGGGCACGCUUGUCGGCAUUCUGCAAAUGAUACAAGUCGUCGAGGGUUCGAAGCAGCUUUGGAAGGAUCUGCUGCAGGAAUCGCUGUCGGGGCAAAAGUACUCCCAAGCACGAAUCCUCGCGAGUUCCGAGAAAGCGAAUGCUGUGAUCGAUUUGGAAGCCAAAAAACUGGUCGAUGGGCUGCUGCAGCUUUACUGCGACCACACCAAGACGGUUCUGUCAACAUCGGGCGCCGCAAGUGCGUUGUCUUCAUCCGGGUCUACUCUGGUGCUGCCUGUAGGUGGUGGUGCGAAAAAUGGGUUAUUUUCGAUGCGAAAUUCCGUCUUGGAUCUCAGCAGCGAACUGCAGGAAGUAGGUGAAGAUCGCUCCAACACGGCGUCGCUCUUUGGCGGGAACAGCAAGUUUCUGGAGAACUUUGUUCAACAGUCUGGAGCAUCAGGCUCAGCCGCAGCUACUGAACGAGGGAAAGAACAACAAGGAGUGACCGAUGUGGUAUCUCCGACCGGCAACAGCGCGAGACCAGCAGAAAAUCUCGACAGCACCGCGCUCUUGUGUCUACAGAGCCCGCGACGGGCCAGCAAGAAGGACGCAAUCCGGAGACGCGAGACGGCUCGGCUGCAGGCCAGAUUGAUUGCGGUAGAGCGACUUGCAGGGGUGUUUGAUUGCGUCAUUGAAGACAUCAGUAAAUUUGUUAAGGAAGGGGGAGGCUCGGAUACCAGUACGAAGCAAAGGAAGAAGAAGAGCGCUGCAGGAACUACAUCACCAGUCGACGAGUAUGACCAAAGCUUUCUGCGCAGCGACUAUCUCAGGUCGGAAAGCACACAAAUCUGUGAGGACUUGCGCGCUUCCGCAGUGGACGUGUACCUGCGGCGGUCACGGCGCGCUUGGCACCGGUACGACCUUUUAAACGCCCCCGGGCGCCUGUCCACAUCGAACUCACCGGCACCGCAAAGGCGACGCUCGAGAGCGAGUGUGAUUGAGGAAGAAGAUUCCCCGCAGCAGGUUCCUCGCAUUCAGGAAACGAAGAAGGAGCCCGGGCCGCGAGAGCAAGUCUCACGACUGCACUCCGACCACGAGGCAGAACAGAGGUCUCCGAGUUACGCCCGCCACACGACCAGUCACUACAUCAAGCGCACCACUGUAGUUCCAUCUCCUGGCCGGAGUGCUGGAGGAAGCCGAAUCGGCUCACCCGUGCCACCACUGGAACAAGCCACUGAACAAGACUCGGAGAAAGUAGAGAGGCCGUCUGCGGUAGUGCCGCCGAUCAAUUCGAAGACUCCCAAGGAGCUGGAGCUAUCCUGGAUUGCGGAAGAGCGAAGCUACGUCCAGUUUCUGUUGAACGAUCUCGAGAGACAAAUCGGCGACAGCGAACGCGCCAAUGCGGCCUUGCAGUUCCGAACCUUUUUGUGGGCGCUGGUCCAGACUCUUUCAUCUUCUCAAGCUUCAGAAAUUACGAGUGGGACGGCCAAAACACCCAUCUUUGCCGAUGCGAUCUCCAGUUUUUCCUCUUCCCGUUCGCCCUCUCCUCCGCGCAGGAAGAUGGUGCCAGCGGUAUUGAACAUCGGAGGGGCGCAGUCGUCGACUGGAACCGCGAGAGCGUCCGCACGGGUGAAGCUACCCACACGGAUGAGCAGAGCCAGCAGAGCGGCCGCUUCUACUGAUGCGGAAGUUGUCCGCGUAGCGCUUGAGGCUUUGAAAGCCGCCGUGUUCCGCCCGUUGAUCGUUCGGAGGCGGCGCAUCUCCGGCGGCAGUGUCUCUAUGGUUGGCGUGGUCUCUCCUCCGAAAACCAGAGUGGAAUUAUUCCGAUUGAUCCUGUUUGAUUACGUGCCCCUUAUCGUCGCUGCGCACAACGAGGACACGGGGUGUGACGCCUUCGCUGGCGCUACGCACUGUCUUGAGACCUUCGCGAGCGCCUUCGUCGUGUUUGACGAAAGCGUGGAGGAAAGCAAGACCCGUGUCCAGCAAUACGCCGCGGCUGCGCGCCGGAGCCAGAACGAGCCAAAGGUGGGGUUUCGUCCGGGCGGGCGGUCCACCGUGAGCAGCCGCAGUGCGAACGCCGCUUUGCUGGGGCAUUUCGAAGACCACCACGAGUCUCGCUCGGUGUAUUUCGCGACGAAAACGGAGCGGCUCACCGAGAAAAUGUCGAGGAAGUCCUGCCGUCUCCAGCCCGGCAGAAGGUCUAGCUACAAGUGGGCGGGCGGCGUUCUGUCUCCGCGGGAGGUGGGUGACGAGAGGACGAGCAAGGGCGGACUGUCGCUUUCUGCGGCGUUAUCCGCGGACGAGUUCUCGAUGUUGUCGCAAGAAAGCCCACCUGGAAGGGAGGACGUCGAGAUCGAACCUCCAGCAGGAAAUAAAGGGAAAAACGCCGUCAAAGAAGAAACAAACGCCUCCGUAGUGUCAGCACGAAGCAAAAAAUUUUCCAGCACGCCAAUUACAUCUCGACUUCGCGCACAAGUGCCACAAGCGCCGGAACAAGGUGACAAUUACCCGCGCUCGUCUAAAGGAAGCUCCUUAACGGAAGUGCUUCUAGAUCGGUACCGUGAUCGUCGAAAAGGCACAUCAACACGAAGUGGUCCUACAUCGCGAUCGCAAGUUGGCGCUGGCCCUUCCGCCCCUGCUGCUGUUGCACGCGGAGCCGCGGAUCGCGGGAACAAGCAAGCAACUCCAGGCAGCGGGAAGAAAAACGUUGCUGCCGUCGGUCGUGAUCCCUUCGCAGGCGACGAGGAAGACCUUUCCUUUGCGUUCUUUACUCCUGGGCUGUUGGAGAACACCCCCGGAGAAGAUCUUCCCGGAGGAGGAGCCGACGCAGCACAAGGUCGAGCGGCUACGGCACGACAACCGCACCAAGGUGCGUCCGCGUCGUCUUCUAGUCAGCCGCGCGGCUUCUUCGAAGCGGCUGUGUUGCGGAGAACGCAUCUCGACCUGGUUAACCAGUCAGAUUUGGAGGACGAGCCGGGACGAGACACAUUCACGGGAUCUUCAAGAAACAAUCCAGUCGUUCUCGUCGCGGACACGACCGAUCUGCAAGCGAAUGAUUCGUUUCUGUCCUUCGUGGACGCAAGUAGCCCGGCUGUCGCUGUUGCUCCUUCCCCCGAACACAACGCGGUGAAUACUGUGACGACGCACAAAAUAAGCAAGAAGCAGCUGCUCUUUUACACCCCAGAAAUGAUUUUCGACGAAGGGAGUCACCAGAGUUCCUCAUCCGAGCAAGACCACACCGAGCACGAUCAUUUGCGCUCGUACGUUGCUGCAUUCCCGAGCACGACAUCAGAGGACGAACAGCUCAGCGGUGGUGCGCGCAAUCCGAAGUCGUCGACCUCGUCGUCUUCGAGACGAGGUGGCAGUGCACAGGUGCAGCAAGUAGAAAAGGCAGAUGCGCCGCAAAUGGGCGAAACCUUUCCCAUUUCGUCCGCGUCGGAUGAUCAAAGGAGUGAAGUGGCGCCAACAGUAGAACCGGUGCUGUUGGUAGGUGAAAGCUUCACGCAGGGCAAAUCCAACAACAUUGGCAUUCUGCAUUUACCAGAUCCAGUGCCGCCCUCACUGCUAGACAACAGAGUUCGAAGAUCUCCUGUUGUCAGCGACACCGCGCGACCACAAGAGUUUGGUCAUACUGGUGUCGGCGCGAAUCGUGCGAGAAUCAUCAGUCGGCAUCCUGUGGUCUUGGUCGAUUCAGCACCUAGUUCUGCUUCCGCCCGCCUACUGCCUCCGCCACGAGAAGUCGAUGAUGUGAAGGGGGAGGUGGACGAAUUGAAGAAGCAGCCAGUGACUGUCAAUACGCCAACUGGCCCUCGACAUCGGGAGAAGCAGAUCUGGACUGGCCGGGAUCAGACCACUCGAGCGACGCUAUCCGUGUUACCCAAUAUGGCCGCGAGGAGUAGACGUGGAAGUGUCGACGUCGAAGAUCUAAAUCCCCAUCAGGACCUCCUACUGGAGCUUUACGAGAAGAAUCAGAUACGGUCCACUCAGGUACUCAGGCGGUAUAGUACACAGCAGUUAGAUUACGAUAACUGUCAAUAUGAAUAUCCUCAAUGUUAGUUAGUUUGUCACCCCGCUCCCGCCAGCUUGUAUUCUUUCGUUUGUCCGAUAUUAUGAUUCAUCUUGUCUUUAUCGAACGCGAAGCUCAAAGUUUUACUACCAACAAACAAGGUCAAGGGCAAGCCUGUCGUACCGUUCGCUAGUAGCUCGCGGAGAUUUUCCAUGUCCAGCGAGAUGAACGAGGGGCACCGCGGUAGUUCCCCGACCAAGAAGCGAGCCAGGGUGCAAAGGAGCGCAGCGUCGAACAAAAGCGUCGACAGUCGAAGUCCCAAAAAGAGUCGAUACGCCUACCGCGGUGAACAACACCAGGCCGAUCUGUCGGAGCAGCUCAUGCUUUUGUCUCGAUCUUCCCAGCACAUGAACACAGGAGCAUCUUUAUCCAUGACCCCUGGUAGCUCAAAGCCAAGCUUGAGGACCGCUCGGAGUGGUGGAAAUAAAAAAGCUGGCGCCAAUGGUGCCACAGCUGCGCGUACAAACCUGGGGAGAAGUCUACCUUCGCCGACGGAUUCCAACAACACCUGGACAGCAGCUUCAUCCACAACUCCGUUUUCCACCUCCACCUCUCCCUUCGGCGACCGGGCCCCGGAAGACGUUUUGCGCCAGAAGGUCGUUCGCGGCAAGGAUUUCUUGGUCGCGCAAGGAACCGGGGGGGAAAUAUCCCGGACCGCUUCGGAGCUGAAUUCUACCGGAGGUGGAGCAACAGCAAGCAGAAGUACCGGCACAGCAAACAAAAACCAGACGAGGUAUGUAAAAAAUGCAACGUCGCACUCCUACUACCCAAAACAUCUGCAACAUGAACGAAAGUUACAAAAUUUCACGCGCUUCUAAUGGCGUCUUCAGGUAUCGAUGUUAAUAGAUAAUGUUAUAUGUUUUCGAUCAUCUGUAGCAUUUUGAUUUUCCGACGCCAGCACUAGAGCGUUUUCUUCUACCAGUAACUUCGCGUACGAGCACCAGCAAGAUGAAAUGAAAGAAUCACACUGAAUCACGAUGACGCGCUCCUAAUUGAAAAACUUUAAAACUUCCGAUGAACAAUAGUGAAAGCGAACGAGCAGCGCUGUCGCCUCGAUCGAUUUCUACUUAGAUAACAAACUGUUUCGAAUCGUUUCCAAAAUUUUAAGCUCGUAUGUAUGAACAAGUUGAAAAAUCUGACUUCGGCGUGACGACGACGCAACUCCCAGCAAAUUCUGUACAAUUAAAAUGCACUUGUAAAAUGAUGCCGACUUCUAUGUGGUCAAAU